AUGCAAACGAAAACGAUCUUUCUUUUAAUUACCACCAUCGUUAUGGUUCUUAUUGAAACCAAUCAGAGUGCACCAGCAGCUCCGAAAGACAAAGUCGCUGUCGUCCCGGAGCAAGGUGCUGCAAAGAAGCCAGUGAAAGUUGGUGGUGGCCGUACAGAAUGGAAGACAAAAAUCGAUGGAAAAAGCAAAAAAUUGUUUGACAAACAUGAGAAGAUUGUCUCGAAGAAAAUUCACGAUCUUCAUAAGAUUCAACUUAAAACUAAAUUGAAACCAGCCAAAGUUGCAUCACAAAUUGUCAGUGGUGUCCUUUAUCAUUAUCUAGUUGAAUUACCAACAAAACAAUAUGCUUAUGUCACAAUUCACAGCCAAGCAUGGAAGAAAUCCAAAGUUUUAAACGAACAACACGUCACUGUUCGCCCCAAACUUUACGAUUUAAAUGAUAAAAAUAUCUAA